AUGCGGUCUUUACUGAAAUCCACAGUCGUCUUUCUCGCGUCAAGCACUCUCCUACACACGUGCGUCAAUUGCCAAGAGCUAGCGGAUCAAGUUUUUGCUGCCAUUGACGCCCGAAAUGAUGGUCUGAGAACCCUCAAUACGGAGAUUUGGGAGAAUCCGGAGAUAGGAUACCAAGAAGUCCACGCACAUCAGGUUCUCACCGACUUCCUCGAAGAGCAGGGGUUCAAAGUCACUCGCAGCGCCUACAACCUGAGCACCGCCUUUAGAGCCGAGUUCUCCAACGGUGAAGGACGUGCCGUGUCGUUUAACUCUGAAUUUGACGCUCUUCCAGGUUUGGGACACGCUUGUGGGCAUAACCUCAUCGCCACUGUCGGUGUUGCAGCGGCAAUCGGUGUGAAGGAUGCACUAGAGAACGGUAACGUGAAAGGUUCGGUGGUUCUUCUAGGUACUCCUGCCGAGGAAGGGGGUGGUGGUAAGGUGAAAAUGCUUGAGGCUGGCGCGUAUAACGGCCUUGAUUGCAGCUUGAUGGCUCAUCCAGGAAACUCCGACUAUGCUGCUUGGGGUAGAACUCUGGCUUCUUGGCGUGUUGCUGCACAUGCGGCCGCAGCCCCGUGGGCUGGUCAGAAUGCUCUGGACGGCUUCGUUGCUGCUUAUCAGAUGGCCGGGCUGUUCCGCCAGCAACUUCAACCUUCUGACAGAAUCCAUCAUGUUGUCACGAAGGGAUGGUCCGUGGCAAAUAUCAUUCCGGACUACAUUGAAAGUCAGUGGGGUGUGAGAGGAAACACCAGACCACGACGCGACGUUGUCCUCGACCAGGUGCAGUCUAUCCUGUACGCGUCCGGCAACGGGACGAACACUACUGUGGAGAUCACUCCAUUCCAAGACUACUGGGACCAGAACCCCAGUUUCCAACUUGCAAGCACUUUCUACCAACACCAGAUGAAGUACCUUGACCCGGCCAAUGACCCGAAGACGGCCAAUUUCACCGUAUCUUCACCUGAAGACUCACGUCGAGAUGGAGGGGCCUCCGCGUCCUCUGAUCAGGGCAACGUGUCUUGGUUCCUUCCGGCUAUUCAAGUUGGCUUCCCCGUUGGUGGAGGUGCUCCCGUACAUAACGCUGGCUUCCGAGAGCUCGCCGGAACGGACUUUGCCCACGAAUCAGCCAUCCAGACUGCCAAGAUUCUAGCACUGACCGGUCUCGAGGUGUUGCAGAACGAGACUUAUGCGGAGACCAUGUGGGAGGAGUGGAGAGCUAUGAUCGAAGAGGUGUCGGUCUCCGUGUAG